AUGCACGGCAUCCUCGAGCUCUCGCUGCAGCUCCUCAACUCGUUUAGCCCGGCCAAUCUCGGUCGAUCUGGGGCUCAAGUACCUCUUCAAGGCGAACAGGAUGUGAAGUCAAUACCAACAAAGUCAUCUGUUCCAGACUACUUUGUCACGGACGAUGGACACUUCCAAGGUCCUACCAAGACGGGCGCUGCACCGUUCAUGGCGCAGACAAACCUAGCACCUUUUGCCGGCGUGUCAUACAUUCCAAACACGCCUCUGGAAACACAAAUCCCCAUUGCUGGCAAUGCGGAAAACAAGAACAUAUUCCAAAGUAUGGCAAACAUCAGCCCUUACUUUCCUAAUCCUCGAGGCUUCGGAGUAAACGAGUACUCUAUACCGCCUGGCACCAACGUAACAUGGCUCAACAUGGUCCAUCGCCAUGGAAGUCGGUACCCCGAAGUCAGUGGUGAAGCUGCAGAGCGGACUUUAGGGAAGAAGCUCACGGACGCGGCUGGCAAGUUCACAGGUCACGGAUCCCUUUCGUUCCUCAAUGAUUGGCAGUUCCUACUGGGUGCUGAGAUCCUCGUUCCCAAUGGCAAGCAAGAGCUGUUCACUUCUGGUACUCUGCACUACUACCAGUAUGGCCACUUGUAUCCCAACAAUGGAAGCAAGGUUAUCGUCCGGAGUACAACCCAACGACGCAUGACUGAAUCGGCGGAGUAUUUCCUUGCGGGCUUUUUCGGUCUAGGCUGGGCGCAAAACGCGACGCUUGAGCUGGCUAUUGAGGCGCCUGGCUUCAACAAUACGCUUGCUGGCUACAAGCAGUGCAACCAUUCGAGUUGGACGACGGCGCGACAAGGGCUCAUGGAAUGGAUCGGCGUGUAUCUUCACGAUGCCCAUCAGAGGUUCAGAAGCAACAUCACCGGUGACCUUGACUGGACAAUCACCGAUACGUACAACGCUCAAGCUUUGUGUUCGUACGAGACAAUUUCGCUUGGCUUCUCUCACUGGUGCGGCCUGUUUACCUACGAGGAGUGGGAAGGCUACGAGUACGCCCUGGAUCUCUCAUUCCAGGCAGGCACAGGAUUUGGCUCUUCAGUCGGUCGUGCUAUUGGAAUCGGCUACGUGGAGGAAGUCCUCGCCCGCAUGCAGCACCACGUUAUCACCUCCCCUUCUGCCCAAAUCAACGUAACCCUUGACAAUAACACGGUCACCUUUCCCAUCGAUCAGAACCUCAACCUGGACUUUAGCCACGAUGCCGGCAUCAUCAGUAUUCUCGUCGCAUUCGGCAUCACGCAGUUCAGCGAGGUACUUCCCACAACCCACAUCAAGACGCCCCGCGAAUUCAUCCUCUCGCAUCUCCAACCGUUCGCUGGUCGUCUCGACAUCGAAGUCAUCAAAGCACCUGCGCCCGUCAACCCUAACCGGACGGACGAGAAGAUAUAUCUUGACGGGCCGCCGACGAGCUACGUUCAUUUCAUUCUCAACCAGAGGACUAUUCCACUGGGUCGUAGUCACAAGGAAUGUGGUGAUAGAGACGACGGAUGGUGCGAGAUGGAGACAUUCCUGAAGGUCCAGCAAAAGCAGAUUGAGCUUGCGGAUUACGACUUCGCUUGCUUUGGAGAGUACGACGAUCCGACGUACGGAGAGGUCACAGACGGAAGGCCACUGAGAUAG